CACUUUGUUUCUUUCCAUUUGGCAAAGGGACCAACUAUCUGCAAACUUGUGGUAAUUGGAAGAUACCAUGAAAACUUUUCUCACAUACCUGCUGUGUGUUGCACUGAGUCAUCAGGGCCUCUGGAUCUUGGCAUCGGCAGGGAUCCUUUGUAAACCUACACUCAGAGCAGUUCCAAGGAAUGUGAUAACCACUGGAAACCAAGUGACAUUCUUCUGUCAAGGGCCCUUAGAGGCCAAGGAAUAUCUUCUCUGCAAAACUGGAAGUCUUGAUUGCUUGAUACCAACAACCCUAAUAGAAACAGAGAACUUGGCUAAAUUCUCUAUCUCAUCAAUUGAAUGGAAUAAUGCGGGCCAAUAUUGGUGUGAAUAUAAAAGUCCCAGUGGCAAAAGAGAACACAGUGACAACCUGGAGCUGGUUGUGACAGGCAUUCUUCAGAGCAGUGUGAGCCUGUCAGCCAUUCCCAGCCCAGUGGUGACUGGAGGAGGAAAUGUGACCCUGCAAUGUGUGUCACAUCAUCCAUAUAACAGGUUCAUUCUGAUGAAGGAAGAUGAGAGGUUCUCCCUGGCUUUGUCCUCACAGAAUAUACACCCUGAGCUAUUUGGAGCCCUGUUCACUCUGGGUCCUUUGACCCCCAAUCAGAGGUGGAGGUUCACAUGCUAUGGGUAUUACUUGAGCAACUCCCAGCUGUGGUCAGUUCCCAGUAACCACCUAGAGCUCCUGGUCUCAGGGACCCUUCACAAACCCCGCAUAUGGGCUCAUCCUGGCUCUGUGAUCACCUCAGGGAGUCCUGUUACCAUCUGGUGUCAGGCAACCCGAGAAACCCUAAUCUAUGUGAUAUAUAAAGAGGGAAGCCAAGAGCCCUGGGACCAACAGACUCAAACAGACAACAGCACUGAGGCAAAACUCACCAUUCCAUCUGUGACACAAGUGCAGGCAGGCCGGUAUCACUGUUACACCUACACCUCUGCGGGAUGGUCACAGCGCAGUGACCCCUUAGAGCUGGUGGUGACAGGAGUCUACAACAAACCCACCCUGUCAGCCAUGCAAAAUCCUGUGGUAAACUUAGGAGGGCUUCUGACCCUCUUUUGUACCUCAAGCCAGAGAUAUGACUGGUUCAUUUUAAUAAAGAAUGGUCAGAAGUUCUCCAUCCCUCGGAGCUCAAGACACACACACACUGGGAUGUUCCUGGCUGAGUUUCCAGUGGGUCCAGUGACCUCUUGCCAGAGGUGGAGGUUCAGAUGCUAUGGCUAUUACACAAAUAACUCUCAGGUGUGGUCAGAAGGGAGCGAGGUCCUGGAGCUCCUGGUCUCAGGAAACCUCAAGAAACCCACCCUCUGGGCUGAGCCAGGCUCUGUCGUCAGCACAGGGAAUCCUGUGACCAUCUGGUGUGAGGGAACCAAGGAAACCCAAAUAUAUUUCCUGUAUAAAGAAGGAAGUAGAGCCUCCUGGUUCCAUCAAACUCCAAAAGGUCCUGGCAAAAAGGUCAAGUUCUCCAUAGCAUCCAUGGAAAAGCAUCAUGCAGGGCAAUAUCGCUGUUACUCUUACGAAUCUACAGGGUGGACCGAGCACAGUGACUCCCUGGAGCUGGUGGUGACAGGUGAGAGGACACUAAGUGUCAGAGUCUUUGCCUCUGUCCACAGGAAAUAGUUUUCCAUAAGUGUGCUUCCAUAGCCCAUCUGCUGGAGUCAGUGUUGGCUGUGUUUCACUUGA